CCCCUCCAGCAGAGCUUCAUGAUCCCCAAAAAGGAGAUAAACAUGGUUUCCGACAUGGCCAAGUGGAAACGCUCUCAGCCCAUUGAAAAGCUGGUGGCUCUUCUGAAUACCCUUGACAGAUGGAUUGAUGAAACCCCACCAGUAGAUCAACCUUCUCGAUUUGGGAACAAAGCCUUCAGGACCUGGUACUCCAAACUAGACCAGGAAGCAGAAAAGUUGGUGGCAGCAGUGAUCCCCAAGCAUUUGGCUGAUGCUGCACCUGAAGUGGCCAUGUACCUGAAGGAAUCCGUGGGGAAUUCUACCCGCAUUGACUAUGGCACAGGGCAUGAAGCUGCAUUUGCAGCUUUUCUCUGCUGCCUCUGCAAAAUCGGUGUGCUCAGAGUGGAUGACCAGAUGGCCAUUGUCUUUAAGGUGUUCAACAGGUACCUCGAAGUGAUGCGAAAACUUCAGAAGACCUACAGGAUGGAGCCUGCUGGCAGCCAGGGCGUGUGGGGCUUGGAUGACUUCCAAUUUCUACCUUUCAUAUGGGGCAGUUCCCAGCUGAUAGACCAUCCAAAUCUGGAGCCUCGACACUUUGUGGAUGAGAAGGUGGUAAAUGAAAACCAUAAGGACUUCAUGUUCCUGGAGUGCAUCCUCUUCAUUACAGAGAUGAAGACAGGCCCCUUUGCUGAGCACUCCAACCAGCUCUGGAACAUCAGCGCUGUGCCCUCCUGGUCCAAGGUCAACCAGGGCCUCAUCCGCAUGUACAAGGCAGAGUGCCUGGAGAAGUUUCCUGUGAUCCAGCACUUUAAGUUUGGCAGCCUGCUCCCCAUCCAGCCCGUGACAUCCUAAGGAGGAGGCGGGAGGAGCCGAUGCAGCAGCGGAGACGAAGCUUCGAGAUCUUCCUCCUCCCCUCACCCCUCCUCUCACCCUGCCCGGCACACACAGCCCAUCCAUUCCCCCAUAUCCUCAUCGGCAACCACGGAUCCAAAGCACUCACCGGCCUUCCAUGGGAGGCAGGACCUGGAGUGGCUCCUCCUGCAGGUCCCCAGCACAGGGACGUCUCACCAGUGACCGAGGCCGGGCUGUGCUUCCCGCUCUGCUGC